CACCCCAAUCCAAUCUUCUCGCAUUUCUCGCGCGAAAACAGAAUCCCGCAAAACAAACAGACAAAAUCCACAGAGAGAGAGAGUGCUCGAGUGAUGUUAAAAAUGCUGGAUUCAGCCGACAUUCGUUCACUCCUUGGAAGGUAGAUAUACAGAUAGAUGUUUUCGAAGCUCUCUACUUCUCUUUUCCACAACCUCCGAUCGCUUUGAUUUUUUCUCAUUCUCUGAGUUGAGGGGGGAUUUGUUUUAGAGAGAAGUAUGGAUCCGUGUCCGUUCGUGCGGCUCAUUGUGGAAUCACUGGCUCUGAAACUGCCGCAGGCGACCAGGCCGGCGGGCUCCGGUGUACACCCCUCGACGACGCCCUGCUUCUGCAAACUCAGGAUAAAGAAUUUUCCGUCGCAGACUGCUCUACUGCCGCUUUGCUCGUCAGGCGGCGACCCAUCGCCGGACUCCACCAUCUCCUCAGCCGGGUUCCACCUCGACUCCGCCCUGCUGCGGCGGCUCUCCGGCAAGCCCUUGACGCUGCGUGUGUCAGUGUAUACUGGCCGCAUGGGCCGCACCUGUGGUGUCAGCUCUGGGAAGCUAUUGGGCCGCGUCCACGUGAUGAUCAACUUGGAUGGCGCCGAGUCUCGACCCAACGUGUUCCAGAACGGGUGGUUGAAGCUUGGGAACGAAACUAGCAAGCCCUCCGCCCGUUUACACCUCGUCGUCCGGUCCGAACCUGACCCAAGAUUCGUCUUCCAGUUCGGCGGCGAACCGGAGUGUAGUCCAGUGGUUUUCCAGAUACAGGGGAACAUCCGGCAGCCGGUUUUCAGCUGCAAGUUCAGCGCAGACCGGAAUUCAAGAUCCAGGUCCCUCGCGUCGGACUUCAACGGCAAUAAUAGAGGAUGGAUGAGGUCCUUUUCCAACGAGAGAGAACGGCCCGGGAGGGAGCGAAAAGGGUGGAUGAUCAUGAUUUACGACCUUUCUGGCUCCCCCGUUGCAUCUGCCUCCAUGAUCACUCCCUUUGUCCCCUCCCCAGGAUCCGACCGUGUGUCCAGAUCAAACCCUGGCGCCUGGCUCAUCCUCCGGCCUCAUGGGUUCUCCGUCAGUAGCUGGAAGCCGUGGGGUCGUCUCGAGGCCUGGCGUGAGAGAGGACCAAUUGAUGGCCUGGGUUACAAGUUUGAGCUUGUAACUGAUAGCGGCCCAACUAGUGGGAUACCCAUUGCUGAAUCCACCAUGAACAUCAAAAGGGGUGGACAAUUUUGCAUUGAUAGUAGAAUAAUGAGAGAUUCUACUUUGAGUUCAUUGUUGCCGCUUAGAGGGUUUGUGAUGGGCUCAACUGUGGAAGGCGAAGGAAAGGUGAGCAAGCCUGUGGUUCAAGUUGGGGUACAGCAUGUAACUUGCAUGGCCGAUGCUGCUCUAUUUAUCGCGCUCUCGGCCGCCAUUGAUCUUAGCAUGGAUGCUUGCCGCCUUUUCUCACGUAAACUCAGGAAAGAGCUUUGCCAUGAUGAACAAGAUUCCUUCUCUUGAAAUCUCCCUCCAAACCAUCCAAUUCCCUUUGCAGAUUUUCACUUCUGAUGCAGUGAUAACCAAUGAGUUCUUGCUCAUAGGAGUAAAUCACUGUUGGUUUGAGCAAAGAAGACAUUUGCAUAUUUUUCCAAUUUUUUUUUCUCACUCCAUCCUCAUUUUUUUUUCUCCUUCUUCACAUCUCUUCAAAAUUUUCUUCUGAUCCUAUUUGGGAGUGUGGCCUCUGAAUUGGUUUGUGAAGCUGAUCUCUCAGCUGAUUAUAUGUGAGUUUGGUCUUUGAAAGUCACAACUUCUUGUUGUUUUUUAUCAUUCGGUUGGUUUGGGUUUUUCCAACAACUGAUCAGAGGAUUUUUUUUUCUUUUUUUUUGUCUCUCUUAUUUAAGGAAUUGUUGUAUGUAUAACUUUUAUGAGUUACAGAUUGAAACUGUACAGACAGAAACAGCAAUUGCUUGUUCAUAUUUAUCUAUUCUUUUUCCAUCAUUAUUUCA